AUGGACUUCAAGUUUCCACCUGCGCCCACAACCGAUCCUACUAGUCGGCCUGCUCUUUCUCCAGUAUCUGUGGAUGACAACAAUGGCUCAACACCAGCACGGUUAAAUGGGAAAGAAGGGUCGCCAGUCCCACCGCCUGGCCAUCUACCCCAGCUUACAAGGAUUAUUUCUACAUCCAGUCUCAGUGGAAGCCACAGAAGUAGUGGAGAAUUCUAUUCCGCCAGCGAUCAAUCAUCCGAGACCCUCCAAUCCGAAUACACCAACUAUUCGACGGCGGUACGACGUCCGAGUGCUCCACGCCACGCGCGUCACUUUUCCAGCGUGGACCCGGGACUCAGGCCGGCAAAAGGCCAGACCCUUCUCAUGGGCUAUGCGCAGAUCAGUGCAUCCUUUACAGUUGAUGGAUCGUUGAUCAACCAAGCCGCUUUCGAGGACGUUAAGCGGAAGGGAGUUGUGGGCAAUCAAGGGAAUGGAACUAGCACGCCCAACGGUAGACCUGCCGUGACCGGCGACAAGGGCCGCAAGACCGGUGGGUUCUGGGGCGCCUUGAAGUGGAAUGCCAUUGAGGAAUCUAUUAGCGGUCUCCUUUCCAAUAAUGAACUUGAUGGUCUCCGUGAUAUGCGUGGAGUCACGUCCUCCAGAUCGAUCCCACUUCUAUCGACGCCACAGUCUCUCUUGUUCGUGGAUCUGCGGCUGGCACCAGGAGAAGAACAGUCGUACUCAUUUUCAUUUACUCUGCCCAGUGGUCUUCCCGCAAGUCACAAGGGGAAGGCCAUCAAGAUCUCAUAUAAUCUGGUUAUAGGUACACAAAGACCGAGCGGAAAUAACGAACCCCAGCGUGUGCACCGCAUCAGCAUACCAUUCCGCGUUUUUAGCACUGUCGACAGUCAAGGGGAAAUCCUCGGUCACAAUCUCAUGAACCCUUACGUCCUUUUACGGGAUGAAGCUAGGGUUCAGAAAGUCGGCUCAAGCCCACCGCCGGAUCUAAAGAACAAGAGCAUCAGCGGGCCUGUGUGGACGUCGGCACCGGAGUUCUUGUCCUACGUUGACGAGAUCCUCGAGCAGCAAUCACGGAAGCAUCUUCUACAACCACCUAGACUCCUUGAUCAAAGAAGGUCUUCAAGUUAUGAACCGUUAGCGGGGCCUCUUUCCUGUAAAGAUGCCAUUGACUUGGCCAUACUUCGGAGCAACCAGGCGAUACAUACAGCGCGCAGUCCCAACCGGUUUGAAAUUGCUCGUAACGGACGUCGGAUUGCUGUGGUGGUACUUAAUCGCCCGGCUCAUCGAUUGGGUGAAACAAUCAUUGCGUCAGUGAAUUUCACCGACGUUACGCUGCCUUGUUACGCGCUUCGCGCAACCCUGGAAUCGUCGGAGAGAGUUGCGCCCGAUCUAGCAGUCCGGUCAAACGCGAGCAUUCAUCGCGCCACGCGCCGAAUACACGCAUCCUUCUUCGAGAAUACUCUCUAUUCUACGCGGGUGGUAUUUAGUCCUGCGAUCCCCAUCUCCGCUACCCCCACGAUUCUGACUAGUGGGGUGUACCACGAAUGGGAGCUGCGAUUCGAGUUUGUGACUACGAGCUCGCACAGUGAGCUAGGGACGGGGCCGUCUGGCACUCAGCUACUUGAAGUGGUCUCUGAGGACGACCGGGGACGAGUCAUGUCGGGUCUGGAGAACCUAGGCUGUGAGUCCUUUGAGAUCGCCAUUCCGAUCACGGUCUAUGGGGAAACUGUUCGCGAAAGGUUACCGGAGGAGAAUGAGGGUUAUCCAAUAUAA